AUGUCUGACAACGAGACAGGAGACACAUCCACGGAUGUUUUCCAUGAUGCAAAAGCGAAUGUGACAGGCGAGGAAGUAACGCAAGAUAAGACUGAGAGUGAAACUGUUGAUAAGGAUGAGGCAUUCAAAGACGUGGUAUCUGCUGAAGCCGAAGAGUCCCAUGAGACUGGAUCCUUGGAACCUGCCAUUGAAAGUGUGGAAGUCGAAGAGGGUGAUAAUGACACAGCCACUAUCAAAUCUUCAAAAGCCGACAUUCCUGUCGAGGGAACUCGAACCGAGGAAACAGACGGCACGAUAACUAGUAAGGUUGAGACUGAGACAGAACAGCCCGCUGAACAUCGUGAAGUCAUCGCUAAUCAGAUACAAGAAGAACAUGAGAAUUACCCCAAUGAAAUCAUAGAUGAUGAUGCUGAACGUGUCGUUUCUCCUGUUGAGGAAGUACAACAGCUAUCGACAUCAUCUGCGCCUGCACCGGCACCUGAAGCGGCACCUGAAGCGGCACCAGCCGAGGUGCUUGACGACCCACAGGAGUCAAUUGUUUCGUCAUUUGACUCUGCUUCCAUGGUGAAACACAGCGAAGAGAUACCACCCCUUCCACUAAGAGAUCAGCCCGUUUAUAUCAACAUGGAGGAUGCUGUGGAGCCGAAGGCUGCUGUCAAGUCAUUCAAGCAAUGGUUCAACCUGAAGCUGAAGAGUGUGAAUAAUUCUCGUGAGGUUCUAACUCCCGCGACGACGUUGGAUCAGGAGGAGUUCCUCAGAGAGCUUGGAGACAUUGAGAAUUUUGACUUGCUGGUCAGUCGGCUGAACAGAAACAACCGUGAUUUGUUCUCCAAGUCUGAUAAGGAUAGACAGGUUCUCAAUACAGGCGCUACGACUCUGCGCAUGACCUUUAACGAGAUCAAGACCGGGAUACAAUACACCAACAAUGAGUCGCUUAUCAAGUCUAUUGACUGGGAGUUCUGGUCGCUUGUGUGUAACGAUUACACAGAGGUGGUGAAUACUCGUCACGACCAACUCAUUGAGAACAUCACCGAUGGCAUACCCAAGGAACUCAGGGGGAUGGUCUGGCAGCUGAUGACGAAUUCCAAGAGUUUUUCGCUGGAAGAGCUGUAUAGGACCCUGAAACUUGAGGACAGUCCCUUUGAGAAGGCUAUAAAGAGGGACUUGGCACGUACCAGUUUCGUGACUACCUCGGAGGUGAAGAACAAAAUCGACGAUCUAUACGAAGUGAUCAAGACCUACUCGGUGUUUGAUCCUGAGGUAGGAUAUACACAGGGAAUGGCCUUUAUCACAGUUCCCCUAUUGAUGAACAUGGGUAGUUCCGAGGCCUUCUGUAUGCUGGUGACACUUAUGAAGAACUACGGGUUUAGAGAGCUUUUCAUGCCUUCAAUGACAGGUCUCCACUUGCUGUUAUACCAGUUUGACAGAAUACUAGAGGAUAUUGCUCCCGAUCUGUUCUCGUACUUGCAGAGAUCAGGAGUCAGAUCAAGCAUGUAUGCUACCCAGUGGUUUUUAACUCUCUUUGGAUACAAAUUUCCGCUGGACAUGGUGCUAAGGAUCUUUGAUAUUGUCAUUGCUGAAGGCCUUCAAUCUGUGCUGAAGUUUGCUGUGAAUUUGAUGCUGAAGUCAAAAGAUCACAUCCUUCAGCUGAAGUUUGAUGAUCUUGUUUCGUUCCUGAAGGAAAAGCUGUUCUACUACUACUUGAUCAAAACUGACAUAGUUCAAGAGGAAAGCAAUCCUUCUCUGAUGACCGGAUUCCAGAGAGAACUUAAAAGCAUUACCCUGGAGAGUUACAGGUUGGACGAUUUUGUGAGGGAUGCAAUGAAGGUGGAGCUCUUGCCAUUGAACUUGAAAAGAUACGAGGCCGAAUACGAAGAGAUACACAGAUUGGAGACGGAAAGAGAAGAAGAGAUGGAGACUUUGAGAACGUCCAACGGCCAACUGACUAGGGAAAUACGCAAACUUGAGUCUGCCUAUGCCGUUUUGAACAGAGAACAUGUUGAUGUGGCUAACGAGAUGAUACAGGGCAAAGUGCUCAUAGCCAACCUGCAAGACGAGAACAAAUCCCUGGAGGCCGAGGUUGCUGAUUUAAAUCUUCGUGUUGCGUCUCUGGAGAAGGAACUUAGCGAACAGAAGCCCGACAGAAAGGGCUCGGCCACCUCGAUGAGCAGUGGAGUUGAGCUGAGUUCCAACCUGGAGAUGGAAGUGAAGAAGACGAUGGAACGCAAUCUGGAGGUGAUGGAGGAAAACAGAGGCCUUGAGGAGCAAUUGAGUUUGCUGGAGGGUGAGUACGACUCGCUCAAGAAGGAGCUUGAGGAACUCAAGAUCACUCACAAAGAUCUGAAGCAUCGCUGGGGUUCAUUGAGGAAGGUCUUUGGAGAAUGA